UGCAGUGCAGUGGACCUUAGAUAUUUGAUAAUAUAAACGACGCCGUAUAAUACAAAAUAUUAAUACUUAUGCACUAAACGGCUUAAUCUGAAGUCUUAUCAUUUACAAUGGCAUUAUCACAAACUUCUCCAUUUCCAAUGGCGACGAUUUCAUCCUUCAAUUUCUCCACCAAGACUCUAACCCUAACCUCAACCCUAUCCUAUCACCCUAAAGCCCCAACUCUCAACUUCAACCCUCUUUCUAUACGUACCAAAAUCCCUACUCGAAACCCUAUCCGAAUUCGAGCGGUGCUGGAUGAAGAUCACUCUUCCAAGAGAAGCAGCAGCAAUGAACAGAGGGAAACGAUUAUGCUCCCCGGUUGCGAUUACAACCAUUGGCUCAUUGUAAUGGAGUUUCCUAAGGAUCCUGCACCCACUCGCGAGCAAAUGAUUGAUACUUACCUUCAAACUCUUGCUAGUGUUUUGGGAAGCAUAGAAGAAGCAAAGAAGAAUAUGUAUGCCUUUAGCACCACAACUUACACUGGAUUUCAGUGCACCGUUGAUGAAGUAACUUCUGAGAAGUUCAAGGGUUUGCCUGGUGUUCUCUGGGUACUACCAGACUCAUACAUAGAUGUUAAAAAUAAAGACUACGGAGGUGACAAGUACAUAAAUGGGGAGAUCAUUCCUUGCAAGUACCCUACAUAUCAACCAAAACGUAGUGGAUCAAAGAAUGAGGGUAGAAGGUAUGAGAGACGGAGAGAUGGCCCUCCUCCUGCUGGGCGUCAAAGACCAGACAAGAGGCAGCUUCCUCAGAUUCAUCCUCUACAUGAGGUAGUUGAUUUCUUUCUCUGUUCUACUAUGGAUGUUACUGGUCUUCGUCUCCUAAUCUGUAAAGGGAUACCUAUAUGGAGUAUCAAAGAUUCAUGGCUUACUUCUCGUCAAGGGAUAAUUAGGACUUUUUCUUCUAAUAGGGAAUCAUAAUGGGUUUCCUUGGAAAUGGAAGUUCAUUCGCUUGGCUUUAUCAAUUUGUUAGUUCUCCCCACUAGUACUUAUUUUUACUGUUGUUUCA